GUGCCGGUGGUAACUAUGGUGAUUCGUUCGAUCGACGGAUCGGGGUGCGUAAGAGCGGCACACUAAACAACAUCGGUGCGAUGCACUUCAACCAACAGCAGCAGCAGCAGCACGGUGGCGGUAGUGGCCGGAACAACAACUCCAACUCGUCCGCUUCUUCCUCCUCCAAUUCGUCCAACAAUCGGGCAGCGCUGCAGCAACAACGUGGUGUAGCACCCGGACAACACCGUGGUGGUGGUGGUCCCUUGUCGGGAGCACAAACGCUUAGUUCAUCGCGUUCGAAUGAUCACCAUCACCAUCAUCAUCAUCCGGGCCACGCGUACCCCGUGCCACAGCCCGGUAGCUUUAACGAUCGGCUACUGAACGGUACUGGUGGUGUCCCGGGAGCUGAUUCGCUCGAGCGGCAUGCCCACCCGUCCCAGGACAACAUGAGCAACAACUUCGACGAUCCCGCCCUUGGUGGUGGUGGUAUGAUGGUGAACGGUGCUGGUGGUCCCGGUGGUGCUUACUAUCACAGCAAGAAACGAUCACGUGACUCGUCGAGCUCGAGCUGCUAUACCAGUGGCGGUCAAGGUGGCCCCGUACCAUACGCUACCGGAGGCGGAGGAGCAGCAGGAGGUCCCGAUCAUCAAGCGACCACGACAACGACGACGGCAACAGAAUCAUCCUCCUCACCGACGGCCAGUAUCGGUGGCAGCAAUACCAGUGGCAACGGUACACCGACGACCGGCAUACUACCGGGCAAGCUGGGUGAGGUGACCCCCGGUGGUGGUCCACCGGCAUCCGGGCCGGCCGGUAACGGAAGCAUGCUGGUCGCCGAGCAGGGUUUCGUCCGGUUUCGAGCCCUCGAAGAGCCGUCGCUCGGUGCGAGCCAGCGCAACGCCACCAACGCCAACGUCAACAACAAGCUGUUUAUGAACGCGUAAGAAAAAGGUGGCCAGAUUUCAGUGUCGGCCCUGAGAGCGUUUGUUAGCUGGUGGGGUAGGUGUGCCACUGCCCCGUUUCACGGUGAUAUUAAGGUUACGCAAAAAACAGAAUGUGGGGCUCUAGCAAAGAAGGGGGAGCACCACACCCAAACCCCGGUGUUGUUGUCCGGUGUCCAUGUGCUCUGGGAUAAAGGGCGCGCGCGUGCUAGGGAAUGUACAUAGUUAAAUGGUAGAAUGCGUCAAAUGCGUCUUUUAUGCGAAAAGGAUACAGGAUACGGGACCGAGUGAAGUAAAAGGGCGCACUCACCCUUUCCAUCUCUAUAUUCAAGGAUAGUUUCUUAGCACAUUCUUUCAUUUCCCUUUCCCGACCUCUUUCUCCGCUGGAUGGAGGCAGGCCACCGUUUUUUUUUUCGAUUGGGCUUCUACGCCAGCCACUUACUCCCACGGAGGAGCGCUACUCGUUCGGGCCUGCUAAUGAGCCUGCACUUCCGUUCGCUUUCUCUUGCUGACCAUGAUGUGUGAUUAGCAUUCCAAGCACCACUUCUUGCCACACGUUGAUGGUUGAUCUUUCCAGGGGCGCACAGCACAGUAUCCUGGGCAGGGGGGGGGUGUACGUGCCGGGAAUGGUGCAUGGGUGUGGGUUUGUCAAUUAGUCAUUGGGCGGCCCAUCAUGCCAUUCCAGCUGUUCCACGAGAGGCGCCAGGAUACUGGGCUGGCUACAAAGCCAGAUAAAAUUCAACCUCCACCCAAAUACCCACCUCUCUCUGGCUCUCUGUCCCUCUCUCAAAUACAGUCAACUAAUUGUGAUGAUUUAAUCCGUCGUCUACGUAAAGAAUUCGUAAGCUCUCGUAUCUUAUGCCAGGAAGCGAAAUGAGUGUGAGAGGACUAGAAGGUGUGAGAACCAGUGUAGAGGUUUCUUCUCGCAGGGCUUCUGUUUUAGGAUCCUUUUUAGUGUACACCAACCAACCAGGAUUAGAGUAAUGACUGUGUCUGUGUGUAUAGCGAUGAGUAAACGAAUAUUUAAAUACUGAACCAGAUCAUAAAAAACCAAUAGACAAAAAUUCAACAUCAUCCCCUCCACGUAUCCGUGUCCUUCAGUUCGUGCGCACACAGCAAGAGGCAGCAGCAUGGAACUACUACUUCAAGGGUUCUUGCCAUUACCGCAAAUCAAAACGGAUGAUGAGCCUGCUCUCCCAAUAAUUACAUACACACGGAAACACGCUAGUCUGUUUUAUAAAUGUAAAGUGUAGCAAAUGGCAACACAAACACUGUAUCUAUAUGUGAAUAUCGUUUUUUUAAACUAUUAUUAUUAAUAUAUUUUAAUGUACAAUCAACGCCCUAGUAUUACGAUAGUUGCGGUUUACGUUGUUUCUCGAUACUUUUUUUUGUUUUUUGUAUUCUUCCGUUUCCCCGAGAACGGGAGAGAUUCGUCUCGUUUUAAUCUAUUAACUUUAAAACAGCAGCAAAACCGCCCAAGCAUUUACUUUUGUUGUGGCCGAGGGCUGCGAGUGAAGCACAGGGUGAAGAAAACAAUCACCACUUGCAGGAGGGGGGACCAUUUUCCAGUUUCCCUUUCCGCACCUGCGGCCGUGUGGUGCCACGAUCGCACAACAAAUAAUGCCGAUUUCCUAGCGUGCUAACGGGUUCGAAUGCAUUCGAUUUUCGUGAUAGAGAAGAAACUAGAGAUAAAGGAGGCGAUACAGUGGACCCUAUCGGUCCCAUGACUUAUGAGUUACUUAAAGGAAUCAGGAAUCGGGAACGUGUUUGUACACAAACCCAUUGUGGAUUGAUCUGUUGGUUUUGGGUUUACCUUUGUUUAGUAGCUGUCCGUUGAACGGCCUCUGCCUCGAGCUCCUCCUUCUACUCCUCUCCUGUUCAUGCAGGGCUCACAUCUGACAGCGGCAGAAGAAUGUAAAGUAAAAUGUAUAGAAAAAGGGCAAAGUAAAAUCGUAAAACAAUUUCACAAACCAAUCAGAACGGCUGCGCGAUAGCGUGGUGCUGUUAUAGAAAGAGAUCUAUUUAAAUAAAGUGAAAAAGAGGGUCAAAGAUGAUCGGAAGGAAGGAUAACUAGUACCGCUUCACCACUGAAACAAAACACAUUCACAAAACAUACAACACACAAACAAAUAGGCAGUGAUUCAGUAAAGUAAAUAGCAAGCAAACGCAUCCAUGAACCAGGUUACUAUCCGGCAGGAUAGUAAAGUUGAUAAUUGAUCCCCGCUGUCCACAGAUUGAAUGAAGAAAACCAUAUUUAGGGAACAGUAGUAUCGAAGAAAAAAGGUUGCACCGAAGCCGGAAAAGCGCAAGAAAAGCAUUUGACAUUUAAUCGCAGCAACAGACGACAUAAAGAUCGAGCCAAACAAAACGAAACAAAAAGCUAAGGCACUACCGAGAUCCGAGCAACCGCCCUGUUUCUUCUAGUUGUCGCGCUAGGUGCUAGGCGUCAACCGGUUGCUUUGGUUAGCCAAUGAUGGCCAGCAGACAACAAAACUCAAACGAAACCAACGGACGACAAAUCUGUUCUCUCUUUGUUGUUGGAUGUCAUGGGGUUGUGGAAGAUGCUGUGUUGGAGAUGAAGACUCCCACCCCUUCUGCACAACUGUCCGCUGUGGCAGGGGUAUAAAUAUUAAACUUAAUAAUAAAUAAAUCACGGCAGAGAGGGAAAGUUAGGGGAUGAGGCAAACGCAUUAUAAUCCGGAUCGUGCUAAACGAGGCCAAUCGGAUAAAGCACCUGGCACGAUCGGUGCGGGAUCCCACGGUAAAAACGGGCUGAAACAGACAAACGGAGAUAAGCGGAAGAGGAGCCAGCGAAAGCGAAAGAGAAGAACCGUUGAUGUACCGAUGGAAAAAGAAAACAUUAAAAAGUGUGCAAGGAGCCGGGGAAAGCGAUACAGCACCCCGCGUGAAUAUAUAUAUAUAUACAUAAAAAUAUUUAAAGUAAUUAAAUUCAUUAAAUUAAGGAAGCGAAAAACGUAAAAUAAAGAUGCAACAUUCGACAAAAACUUAAA